AAUAAAACAUGACACAUGGAUAAAAUAUUUUCCUUUGUGCAGAAGAAGAAACUAGAGAGAGUGAGUCAUUUGCUGCGCCGUCAGAGUCAAGAAAUGGAAGAUGAUGAAUUGGAAUGUUCAAUUGGAAUUGAUAAUCCUUCAAUUUCAAUUCCGAGGGGUGGACCCAUUUACGUCUCCAAUAUGUCUGGCCCAAUUGUUAGGGUUCCUCUUUUUCAGGAUUCACUUCUUUCUCAACUUCACUCUCUACAAUCUGAAUUACCACCUCAACAUCAUGAUUAUGAUAUUACCGUCGUCGAUGAUCUUAAAGUUUUUACUGAGGACGAGUUAAUGGACAUGUCUUUGAAACAAGUCUUUCAAAAUCAACCUAAUGCAGAGGAUCAUCAUCAUCAGAAGAAGAAGCUCUUCAGGAGAAAGUCCCGUCUAACAAAUAAAUCCAUUCUUGAUAGUAAUUGUAAAGAAAAGGUGGACAAGGUUGUCAGAAUCAAACACAAGCAGGAGGAAGAUAAGGCACAAGUCACACUUCAUUCAUUUCAUCCUCAUUGCAGGAUCAAUCAAUCUGCCAACAAAUCAAUCAAAACUCAAAGGAUGAUGUCUCUUAGGUCCACUAGUUCUGCCACUAAGCUCAACACAGUCGGUCUUCAGGAGCACAUACCUGUGCAGGAUUCAGAAGUUGUUCUCUCUGUCGAGAUUUACCAUAAUUUUCGAAAUGGUGUCAAGGUAUUCAGUGCCAAAAAAAAGACCCAAGAGCUGUUAGUUCUUGGUGGGCAGAACUUAUCUGUACUUAGGGACAAGAUCAAUUGCUCAACGGACCAGGUUAUGCAAAAAGCUGCCCAACAUGACCCUUCUGGUUAUUUUCUAAUUGAGGAUGUAUUUUACACUGAUUUGAGGGAUCCAUCUGCUAUUGAUUUGACCAGACCCAUACUCGAUUGGCUUCAAAACUCCAAGGAGGAGGCACAGAAGAAAUGGGAAUAUAUUAUAAAUGGGGAACUACAGCAAAAACAAAAGGCAAUUGUGGGGGAAGCAUCGGUAUCACACUUGCCUCGUUUUGCAUCUUUUGAGAUGCACAAGAUACAUUUUUGUGACUUAGGUUUUCGGCUUGGUGCUGGAUACCUUUAUUGUCAUCAGGGUGACUGUACCCAUACCUUAGUAAUACGAGAUAUGAGGUUAAUUCAUGCCGAUGAUGUACAGAAUUGGGCUGUUUAUCCAAUUGUCACUUUUCAACUGAAGAUACGUUUUCAGAAAUGCGGUGUUUGCAAAAUAUUCAGAGCUACGAAGGUCACUGUGGAUGACAAAUGGACACCAGACAACCCUUGUUAUUUUUGUGAUGAAUGUUUUUCCCUUCUUCACCUAGCAGAGGAUGGCUCUCCAACAUAUACCGACUUCAUAGAAUAUGAUUAUAACCAUGAUUAAUUGUUGUUAGCCUUGGAGGGACACCUACUGGCGAUUGAAUUUUUGCAAAGAUCACACUUUUUACAAUAGUUUUGUUCAAUUUGUGCAUUGAAUUAUGUAGUUUUGGAGUUCGGAAGGUAAAUUAUUCAGAGAGCAUGAGAAAUUGUGUCUGAUGUCCAGGAGAUGCAUAUUUCAAAAUCUUUGCUACAACACGUAUUUUGGAUCAAUAAUAAUGCUAUAUGGCUUGAAAAGCAUUUCGUGGGAUAAUGCACCAGCGCUUAUAGACAUACUAUACUAUAUAGGAGACAAUAUGUUUUCUUUUCUUCUAUUAUAAAAAUAGUUUUGUUCUUAUUUUUUUGGUAAAAUUGGAAGUUAAAAUACCCCUUCCUGGAGCAUGUAGACUACAUCAUAAAACCAAUAAAAAAGCUCUUUAUAUUUUUUAGGGAAAGAACCUCUUUAUUUGUAUUAUUGUAUAUAUAAGGCGUAGUUCAAUUUGUAUAAUAUUGAUAUUGUUAGAUUGUAUUUGAAAAUCAACAAUUGGAUUGCAAACUAUUAACA